UUGUCAAAAAGUCGUCAUUUCGCUGGAGAUUGUCGUGCUGUACAGUUGUGUCGUCGUCCUUGUUCUGAUUCUGCUGGUGACUGCUCCAAGUUUUUCAAAACCACUUGAUUUUCCUCGUAUUAUUAGCUCCAAAUACACAGUAUCAUCAUGUUUGAAGCAAGGCUCCUCCAAGGAUCAAUCCUGAAGAAAGCUCUGGAAGGCAUCAGGGAGUUGAUCACAUCAGGAAAUUGGGAAUGCUCAUCGGCAGGCAUCAGCAUGCAGGGCAUGGAUCCAAGCCACGUUGCACUGACUGUCCUCAUGCUCCAGAAUGACCUGUUUGAUCAAUUCAGAUGUGAUCGCAACGUGACACUGGGACUGAACCAUGCAACAUUCUCCAAGAUUCUAAAGUGUGCUGCAAAUGAUGAUAUUAUCACAUUGAAGGCUGAAGACCAACCGGACGAAUGCAACCUUUUAUUCCAGUCAGCCAACGAUGACAAGACAUCAGAUUUUAUCAUCAAACUGACAGACAUUGAUCAAGAGACACUUGGCAUUCCAGACACGGAAUAUGCAGCCACAGUCAAGGUCCCAUCCGUAGAAUUCCAGAGGAUUUGUCGAGAUCUGAGCCAGUUUGGCGACACCAUCAUCAUCUCAGUCAAGAAGGGAUGCGUCGAGUUCUCAGGAACCGGUGAAAUCGGAUCUGCUAAGAUUGCACUCAAGGAGAGCGGAAACGUUGACGAUGACGAGAAGGUUUCUGUUGAGAUGGACAAGGAUACACCAUGCAGUCUCUCAUUCGCUAGCAGAUAUCUGAACUACUACAAGGCUACAUCACUCUCAGACACAGUCACACUUCAGCUCUGUCCUGAACAUCCACUAGUUGUAUCCUAUGACAUUGGUGACAACGGCUCCCUGAAGUACUACCUUGCGCCAAAGAUUGAGGAGGACUAAAUCAUUCAAUGGCAAUUUCCAGGCUAUCAGGAUAUGAAGCUGCAAGUCGAUUUUGGUCCAAAGAACGUUUCCUAGUAGGUCUUAGUGGUGUCACUAGUACAGAGGGUUCUACCAGCAUAGUGAAGUGUACAGCAAAAAUCAUAGACUUUGGGUAUUAUCUAUUUGUGUAAAGUGAGUAGUAUACUCCACGACAUGAUUAUAUUUAUUCAUGAUUCAUCUUGUGUUUGAUGUAAAGAUCCUUCAGAUAUGAUAUUAUGUUCAAAGUCUGUGAUUAAAGGUUUCAAAUGUCUGUAAUGAUAUAGGAAUGAUUAUGUCAUCAAAUAUACCUUCUGGGUAAACAGGCUCGGGCUCGUAUUGUCAUGUACGUGAUAUAAGGAAAGCUUAUAAGACAGUCAUAAAAAAGGGAAUUUUUGUAUUCUUGUAAGAUAUAUUUAUUCCUAUGCAGGUAGAUCGGAGAUAGAGAGGAUAAGGUACAAUUUGAUACACAUGAGGCUUUUGAUUAAUGUAUCUUAGAUUAUGUCCCUCUACAUGUACACUAUAACUAUACUAAAAUACCAACAUGAUUUGUUUGGGUAAUGUUCUUUCGACCAUGAUGUGAUGAAUGUUUGUAAAUAAAUUGUUAUAUAAUAUGUGUGUAUCCUUCUACAUGUGGUAGAAGUAUUUAGCUUGAAAGUGCACUUUGCAAAUCACCAUGACAUAACAGAUGAUUGAAAGGUCUACUUUGAUUAAAGCCUUGUCGCCCUUCACCGUAACUCAUUUGUACAUUGCACUCGGGUAAUGUUAUUAAGGGUUUUUGAUCAAGCACAUUCAUAUAGAGCAGUUUGUGUGGAAAACUGGAAAUCUAAACACCAUUCUGAUUUGUGGGUUAUAACCCCAAGAAAUGAAAAUAUUCAUGUAUACUUAAUUGCUCAUUAAAAAUGUAAGCAAAAUACAAUCUCUAGAUAUUUAACGGAAAUGUAUACUGCAUCUCGUGAAAAUUAUCUGUGAUGAGGUGUACUUCAGCUUUUAUAGUUGUUCAUCAUUGAUUAGAUAUUUAUUGUAUUUAAGGUAUUGACAUUGACCAUUCAGUCAAACAUUUACCUACACUGCAGCCUGCAUGACAUCAUUAAUGUAACAUAAAAUACAGAGGCAGGUCAAACACAAAUGGCUAAUCAUGUAAUGGUCUCAAUAUUCCAGUUAUAUGCCAUGUAUCAAUUAGCAAAGUGCUAUGUUCUAAGUUUUCUCUAGUAUUGUGCAUUCUCAAUUCAAUAAAACUGUAAAUUUAGAUUGUGCAUCU